AUGGAGGAGCGCCAGGGCUCAGGCGGUGACUUUCACUUCAACCAGACCCGUGGUGGGCGAUGGCAGGUGGCCAAUGUCAUCAACAACUAUCCCAGCCCAGCAGGCCACAGGAGCACGACUCAUGAGGAGCUCCUCGAGCGUCUCGAAUACACCAACCGAACAGCCCGCGAGAGACAGCUUGGAGAUACGAAACACCGAGACGCGACUCUAAGAUGGGUCUGGUCAUCCCCAUUCGCAACGUGGCUGUCCAACCCUGACCGGAUUUUCUGGAUCCAUGGCAAGCCAGGCAGUGGCAAAUCCACUCUUGCGUCCUAUCUGGCCCAUGCAGACGAUACGAAGGAGUUACUUUCACUUCAUACGGGGACAAACUACACUCUGAUCUAUUUCUUCUUCGAUUUUCGCCAGGAGGACAAGAUUCCCAAUUCUUUCCAUGGUCUCCUUCUUUCAUUGUUGUAUCAGCUGGAGCGAGAUUUGAAGGUGAUGCAGACUUACAUUGAGAAGUCAGAAUGGAAAACUGUGAAGGAAUGUCAUCUGUGGCCGACGUCAGAGCUCCAACGCAUUCUACAAGCCGGCUUAUCUGCUUGUGCGGAUAAGUCAUUGCCGCUGUGCAUCUUUGUAGACGGCCUGGACGAGUACAAUGGAGACAUGCUGGAGCUGUCAAAGUUUCUCAAGGGUAUAAGUGCGCUUGGCCAGACAAAGCUUUGCUUGUCGAGUCGACUCCAUCCAAUCUUGAACGGGCUGUUCUCAGGCCUGCCGGCGCUGUCGAUGACUGACUGGAACAACAAAAGCCUUAGACAAUUCACGGCAGCUAUCCUUCGAGAGCUGCCAGUUUUGGAGUCAUCCCCGGAGAGCCUGCAACGUAUCUCGAUGGCUGUUGUAGAAAAGGCAGAAGGCGUCUUUCUCUGGGCAAGCUACGCUGUGAAAGAGCUGACUCGCUUGUGGUUCAAAGGUUAUAGUACUGUCGACGAACUUCUCAAGGGACUCAAGGAACUACCCCAAGAUCUCGAAGAUCUCUGGUCCAGGAUGUUAUCGAGCAUGGAACCUGCAGAUCGAGAGCAAACCGGUGUUGUGCUUCAACUCGUCUGCUUCUCUGCACGGACGCUCAAACUCGAAGAUCUUCUGGCUGCUCUACGCCAUGCGCUCCCUACACAACAGAACCGGUUUCAAGUUUUGUGUAAAGAUCGACAACUUUCCCCACUCAUUGCCCUCAACAUCAUCACGAUGGGCCUCGUGGAGCUCGUUGAACCUGAAGAUGAAGAUACUCUCUAUCGAGCUGGCAGUCUGAGUCAUAGCAGGAGGAAGAUGCAAAAUAUGUUUUCUCAAGCUCGCCGACAAGCCCGGAGGGCCGCUGCGACGAUGAGAAAGACCUCAGAAAACCAGGAGAAUAACAUCGCAGCAAGUGCCGAUGUGGGGUUUGGAAUCUCUGUUGAUGAUUUCGUACUUGCUCAUAUGCGCGAUCGUUUACGGGUUUCGCCUCCAUCAUCUUCCCCAGAUCAAGGAAGUCCAACCAGUGGUGUAGCAUUGCCGGCGCAACCCCCCAAAGACGAUUCCGAGGAGAGUUACACAUCUGAGCAGUCGGAAGAUACAGAAGGUGAUCUUCAUGGUUUUGGGCAAAGAUCAAGACCUUCAUAUCACCGUCAACGGCUAUUACCUCGUAUCCGCGUGAGGAGGCCGAUCAGUAUGGUCGGGCCAACCAUCGCGCCAUGGGCGAAUCAACCGUCAGAAGUGCUUGAGGACGACUCUGAUGGAGAUGAAGAACCAGUGGAAGUCCCUUUCGAAGAGCGAGAAGUCAAACUCGUGCACAAGACAGUGCGGACGUACCUCGAAGCCAAGGGCUGGGCACAGCUGAGCACCUCUCCAUUUCAACCCGAAGCUAUCUGGCUGAAAGUCUGCAUUGCAACUGUUCUGGAGGAUGGCCACAUGGCCAGGCACGUGAAACUUUAUCGCAAUCGGGCAAGGCUAGACUGGAAGGGACACUGUAGCUCACUCCUGACCGAAUCGAAAUCAGAGAAUUGUUACUGGCAUUACAGACGCAAGUCGCCGAAAAGUGACGAUUCGACAGAUGCUAGAGACGGAGUGAGCGUCCAAGACAUUCUGUAUUACGCUAGGUGUCUCGAACAGAACAGGAACAUAUCGUCUUGGCCGCUUCUGAACCAGGUCUUAUGCCCGGAGUUCCUGUCUCUGCACGGAUAUGGCUACGGGAGCGAGAGCUGUGGGAGCGUGGGAGUUAACGCCAGCAAUCUGCCGGACUCGAUCGUAGGCCUACUUGUUCUUUACGGCCUCAGAUUAUAUUUGAAAGACGCAUUCCGUGCUGGACAAACAAAGGAGCAAGCGAGAGUCACACCUGGACCAGCAGGUCGCGCUGAGCCGGUCUUUGCCACCAAUCUUAGCUCGAAAGGUGCAGCAGUGACCGAGCCUGGGCUUCGAAAAGACCUUCUGUAUGCAGCGAUUGGUUUCGCAGCCAGGCACACUACAGGAAUGCCAGGCAACCUACCCAAUGACGGCUCUGACGUCAGUUUGAUUGAGAGCGUUUUGGACAUUGACGACAGCAUACAUGAUUCAGACAUCAUUCAUGCCAUGCAGGGCGCAUCUGCUAAGGUGGUGGAAGUCCUCCUUAAUGCCCUGCCUCCGGAUCGGACAACCUUCUCGUACCACGACUUCACGAGUAUCGAAAAAGGUGAGGCAAAUCGAGCUAAACCCAGCAGAGGUGCGUGGGUGUGUCGGUUUGAUCCCAGGGAGCCAGUCGGCGCACUGUGGAUUGCUGCCAGAGAGUCCCAGUGCGACACAGAAGCGAAAUUCGACCUAUUACUCGAUCGGGAAGAGGCCAUCGAUGCUUGCUGGGGGAGGAACGGCACUGCCAUGCAUGCAAACUUUUUUCGCGAUCAACAUCUAGUGCCUGGCUCCUUUCACGACGGGAAGCCAGGUGACCAAGUGUUCCGUGUAAAACGCAUGCUCUUGGCUCGAGGGUCUAAAGUGAAGUUGGAUCUGGAUUUUUGGAGAUUUGUCAAAAUGGUUCAGGAGGCCGCUACCAAGUGA